AUGUUCAAGCCCCUGAAAUCGGAUCCGCCCCUUAUCGACAAAGGCGACCCAGAGCGUCUCUCACCAGCCGCACUUCGCCUCGCAGAGGACCAACCUGAUGAGUUCGUUCUAUACCUUCGUCGCAUCUGGGACACAAACAGACGGCAAGUCCUCGAUUCGGCCAUGUUGUUGCAUCAACUGAGGCAGGUCAAGGUCUCUUGUCACGACCAAUGUCUUCAUCCCCUUUCUGAGGCAUGGGUUCCUACAGAAAAUCUCAUCAGUAUUUGGUCAUUACUCCUUUUGCCUGAGGAACGCUUCCGUUUCCUUAUACUUAAAGACCAGAAACUGAAACACGUGGAUCGUUCCUCAUGGAACUUCCUCAGGGAGAUCGGUUGCCAAUACGAAGCCGGCGACCAGUUCCUCAUUGAUCUUCUGCUUACUAUCAAAAAAACAUGGCCAACAAAUGUCAAAGAUCCGGGACAUGUCCUUGGGAUCUACGCCUACUUCCUUCGUCGUCUGAAACGUACGCAGCCAUACCCGGAUGGCACCUAUUACAAACUUCUAUCCGACGACAAACUUUGGGACAAUUUCAAUGCUUGCGAACUUCUCCUCUAUAAGGGCGAAUGGAUGAAACCCAGUUCAUGCUUUCUCCGUGCGCCAGAUUAUGUGCGUUCGAAGAGAGUCCUCACGCCAGCAGCUGGAACUGACGCAACCUCCCUUGAACCACUGGCGAUACGUCAUUUCUAUCAACUGGUUCUUUGUAUUCCGAACUUUCCUGACACCUGGGCUGCCAUCAUCGAUAAGCUGAGAGGUCUCCAGCGUUCCACUGGUCAAACAUCCAUUCAACAAGUGACUGAACUUUAUCGUGCGCUGAAUGAGCUUCAGUUAUCGGAACCAGACAGAGUCACCAUACGGAAACUAUUCCUGCAGCACAGCUUGAUCGCCAUCGAGCAGGGUAGCGUCAUCGCGUGGCAAACUCAUCUCACAUGUAUUUGGUCGCCGCUCAACAAAAUUAGGAACUUGGCCGAGUUGAGUAGAUCAUAUCCAUAUCUGAAGGACUUCUUCGUGAGCCUUCUCAAGGUUGAAGAGGCUACAGAGAAGACCGUCUUGUCACGCAUGUCUUACUGGACACCAGAAUUCGAGAUUCGAGACCUUUUUAGCCUUCUCAAUGGCCUCAUUGCAACGUCCAACAUAUCGAUAAAACCUGACAAGCUCUUGACCCAGCGAAUCUUUCUUGGAAAAUGGAACGGCGAAAAAUACCGCUUUGUUGGUUCCACGGAAGAGUUCUUUAUUCCCGAUGAUGAGGAGUUUGCGACCACCUUCAAGGACAAUCUCCCUCUACUUGAUGUUACUGCGGAAGAGAUCGCGCUUCUAGAUCCACUGUUCACAUGGCUGGGUUUCAAGGAUCGCUACUUGUCAAAGCAUGUCUACCGCAGCGCAGAGGGCGGAAGGCAUUCUUCGGCAAGUUUCAUAACUCCUGAAUUACUGGACAGGGCUAAUAUGUCAGCCAGAAUCGCCCUACAUUGUGGUAGCCCCCGAACAACAACAGAUGUGGACAGGGGGACACUCCUGAAUAUCUUGAAGAAGGGCGAAAUGCUUGCGGUCGAAGGCAUGCAGUCUGAAAAGGUGAUGCUUACUCGUCAAAAGGGUUCCAACACCCAUCCUAAGCUCUCUAUUGCCCUGGAUGAAGCAGGAAAUGCCCUGGAUAGACUCGUCUUACACAUCUCAUCUGACAAGGAAGAACGAGAUCUAGCACUCUUUACAUCGCUCCCACGCUGCUUGAUGAACUGGCUCAUGGCAGAUCCGAAAACUCAAACAUGGGGAACGGCAACUUUGCUGGGUGUGAGUCUCUUGAAGAGUGUACUGACUGCUCCACCAAACGUCAUUGAUGCCAUACUCACACGCGAGGGAGUUGGACGUGUUCGAGUCAUUGAGGCCAAUCUGACGACGAUGCGUCAAGAGGUUGCGCCUCAGAACCCAACAUCAAACGGGCCUGCUGAUCAGCCAUCCCAGUCUAGGUAUGACUGCAAUCCGUACUCAAACGUACUCUUUGAGUUUGAAGCUCACAUGAACAGAUCCGAGGACGCACCACCGGCCAACACUCCCGCAAAGACAUCGGACAAAGCGCUUGCAAAGCAGCUGGUAACACCGGUCAGAUCCAGCCAACAACCGGAAUCGGUGGCUGGCCCCAGCAGCGCAAGAUUGUCACAAGAGACGACACCCCAAACAGACCAGCCUCAGUCAUCCUCAGGGAGACACGCCGAAUCCUCGUCCAGUGACAUAAAGACGCUGUCGAAGGACGAGCCAGUUCCCAGCGGGAAUGAGGAAGUAUAUAAACCCCGAUACGCGUCUAUAAGCCAGAGGCCCAAACUCAAACCCAGAUUACGAAAAUGGCCUGGCUCACCAUCUUCCAGCCCACCAACGUCUUCCCCCUUGAGUCAAAUCCCAGAUGAUGUAAUUCGUGGAAUAGAGAGACUGAGGAUUGCAGACCCAUCUGAAGUGACUCUUCAGUCACCGAAACUUAUUCCGGUGGCGUAG